GCUGGCUGGCUGGCUGGCGGGGGCGCCUUUGACUUGCUUGCGUUCUUCUCCUUCUCCUUCUCCUUCGGAGGUGGAUGGGCUUGGAAGAGCAAGGCGCUCCAGCCCCGGAGAGCUUGUCCAAGGAGGACAAAGCUCACUCUGAAGACUUGGGAUCAAGGGUCUGAAUUGUUGGCACCAUGGCUACAAGUGCUGUUCCAAGUGAAAACCUUCCUACCUAUAAACUGGUGGUGGUUGGAGAUGGGGGCGUGGGAAAGAGUGCCCUCACCAUUCAGUUCUUUCAGAAGAUAUUUGUGCCAGACUAUGACCCAACCAUUGAAGAUUCAUACCUGAAGCAUACAGAAAUAGAUGGGCAAUGGGCAAUUCUGGAUGUCCUGGAUACUGCAGGCCAAGAAGAAUUCAGUGCAAUGCGAGAGCAGUACAUGAGAACAGGGGAUGGGUUCCUUAUAGUCUUUUCAGUCACAGAUAAAGCCAGCUUUGAUCAUGUCGACAGAUUUCAUCAACUCAUUCUCCGAGUCAAGGACAGAGAGUCUUUUCCGAUGAUUUUGGUGUCCAACAAAGUUGAUCUAAUGCAUUUGCGAAAAGUCACUCGGGAGCAAGGAAAAGAAAUGGCAGCAAAACACAAUAUUCCAUAUAUAGAAACCAGUGCUAAAGACCCCCCAUUAAAUGUUGACAAAGCUUUCCAUGAUCUUGUUCGUGUAAUCAGGCAACAAGUCCCGGAGAAAAAACAGAAGAAAAAGAAAAAGACAAAGUGGCGAGGAGACAGAGCAACCAGUUCCCACAAACUGCACUGCGUGAUUUUGUGACCUGCCUGUUCCAUGUUUCGCUCUUUUCAUUCGAAUGUGAACCUAAUUUGAACUAAAAGAAAAGAAGACCAACCCUUGAAACGCCAUUAAUGCUAACAUUUCAAGAACAGUGAUUCUUACACUGGGAGAAAAAAAAAACUUGACAGGAAGCAGAGCCUUGGGCAUUUUUUGAAGCUCGGCCAAAUGACUGCUUGGCAAAUGGUGAAGGAUGGUUUAUAGAAAAGGAGGGAGAUUCUCCCUAGAAAAGCGGGGAGGAAACUUGGGACUGGAGUUUUAUGAAUGUCGAGCAUCUCAACAAUCUUUAUUUUGUAAUAGGGAGGAGGGAGGGGGAGUCUGAGUUUAUUGGCCAGGGUUUCUAAGUGUGGCUCAUUUCUAAACAGUGAGAACUGACUCAUUUUUGUACAGUGGUCUGGGGUGGGGUUCGGGAGGGGGUCAGCACUUCCUCGCUCAGUGAGCAACUGAGAAAGAAAUACAGUGGGGUUUAUUUUCUCUUGCACUGGACACUCCCAGAUCUAGUCAGUCAUGCCAAACUGUAACAUUAUAUGAAAAAGUGCAUAGAUUUGAAGGAAGAAAAUGAAUUCCAGCUGCUCCAGACAUUGUGUCUCUCCCAUCUGUAAAAAUGCCAGCAAAUAGGAUGAAGGAUUAGGGUUGGUUAGCUGGUUGGUUGUCUUUGUCUUUGUUGUUAAUCCCAGAUUGGGGAGGGAAUAUAAAUUUGUCUUGUUUUGUUUUGUUAGCAUGAAAAGGCUGCCAUGAAGGAAAGGAGGUGGGUGGCCAUUUUGCUAAUCCUGAAAAUAUUUAAAUUAAAAGUUAUUUACAAAA